GAGGCGCAAAUCGAUGUUGGAUGGAGACGCAAACGAUGAUGGAGAAUUAUGGAUGUGUUAACAAAUGGCACAGUAUAUAAAGCCGCAUCUCGUAUCGCACAGGCCAUAGCAGUCGAGAAUCUCUAGAAUAAAGCAUCGGAUCAUCACACGUGUUACAAUGUCGCGCGCUAGUCUCGUAUUGCUCGUUGCGAUCGCGGUGCUUUUCAGCACGGCUACCUCACAAAGUGCUCGGCGAUGCCCGCCAAAUCAAGAAUGGACCACUUGUGGAUCAGCAUGUCCGCCGUCCUGUAACUCACGCCCUGAUCAAGUUUGCACAUUGCAAUGCGUAAUCGGCUGUCAAUGCAGGCCAGGACUUUUGUUGAACAGUAGAGGAGAAUGUGUUCCUCCAAGUCAGUGCUAAAUACCAAACGAGACAUGCUUCUACUGAAGUGAUGUUCAACAUUCUUGGGUCGACUCGGAAAAAUUCGGACCGAAAUGCUUAUACGAUACCUAAGUAUAGAUUAGUUGCUGUCAGACGUAAUCGGCAUAUGUUUACACUUGAGUACUUACUGAAUAUAUAAGAAAUUGAAAUUACCAAGACGUACAUUCCUUCGUCUUAUUCUAUGAUAUUAAUAUUCUGUGAGAUGUUUACAUUUAACGUUUCUUUGUACACCAAAGUGGUUAAAAAUAAAGACUAACAUAGAUGACA